AGUGUCCUUUGCCAACACGCACCGUCAUCAUCAUUAGGGCGCCGAAUCCGUCCCAAUCCUGACUGUUAAUCUCGGGCCUCGAGACUCAAAGCGAGCAAGCCAAGAGAAAACGUGCUCCUCCUAUCAUCCAACCAGCCUCUUCCAUUUUGCAAUGUCCAGGGGAACGAGAAAAACCAGCUCACCGAGCAGCCUUGAACCAACACGCAGGUUCGAUUGCGAAGGGAGAGCUACAUAGCAUUAGUCCGCCCAAUAAGCCCGUCACAAGGCUGGGACCCGGCACCAACAUGCGCUGUUUUCGCGAAUUUUGGGGCGUCUCCGGCGGGGCGGUGCUUUUUUCUACUGCCCUAGGCGGGAACUUCGCCUCUCAACAAAGGCCCGGCUGCCGUCUUGUCAUUUCAGGCUGUGCUCCACCGGGCAGCGCCGCCGGCCGGAGUUUGGAAUAUACAACAAGAGGCGAAAAAGGACUGAUCAUGAGGAAUUAUGAUAUUUUCCCUCUGAGCUGCUUUUGCCAUCUCCUUGGGACGUCGGAGUUGAUUAUGAAAUCAUGAAGUCAUGGCAGAUGUUUUUGGAUAGGCCGAGCGAGAGCUCAAAAACAUCGCCCGGGCUUAUCCUGCGAUCCGCCCCAUUGGCC